CUGAAACAAAAAUCAGAAGCUUCAAUUCUGAGUCCCUAUGUUUGUUUGAGAAUCACUUCUCUCUCUCUCUCUCUCUCUCUCUAACGGUUGUUCUGUAUGCCCCAACAGCGAGCAAUCAGUGUUAGCGUUUCGCAUUCUGCAACCCAACCCAGGCUAAACGAUGUCGCAGGCAGAUAUCAGAAAGUGGUUUAUGAAAUCGCAUGACAAGGCCAAUGCCUCCAAACCGGCUCCGGCUCCGGCUCCGGCUGCUUUGCCGAAACAGUCUACAGACCCCCCUCAAGAACAGAAUGUGCAUGGAGGUGAAGAAAAUUCAGGCAGAAGGAAAACCAGCAAGUAUUUUCCUCCAAAGCCGAAUGAGGAAAAGGAAACAGUUGAUGUUCCAGCAAAGCGGAAGACUCGACCGGAUCCUGUUGAAUCUAGCAGACCCUCGCCUGCAAAAAAAAUUCAGAAGGUUGCUGACGACGACGAUUUUGUUUUGCCUCAAUCUAAAAAGAAAGAAGCCACGCCCAGCAAGAAACUGAAGAAUGCAUCUGGCAUGGGAAUUCCACAGAACCUGACGUCUGCAAAUGAAAGUGAUGAUGAUGAAGCCAAGGCUCCUCCCAAAUCUGGUGGUAGGGGUCGUGGUGGAAGAGGUAGUUCAUCGGCUGCACCAGCUGGUGGAAGGGGCAGAGGCGCUGGACGGGGUGGAUUUAUGAAUUUUGGCGAAAGGAAAGAUCCUCCACACAAAGGAGAAAAGGAGGUUCCUGAAGGUGAUCCAAACUGUUUAGCUGGUUUAACUUUCGUAAUAAGUGGUACACUUGAUAGUUUGGAAAGAGAGGAGGCAGAAGAUUUGAUAAAACGUCAUGGUGGUCGUAUCACUGGAUCUGUCAGCAAGAAAACGAGCUAUCUUUUAUGUGAUGAAGAUAUUGAGGGCAGGAAAUCCUCAAAAGCCAAAGAACUUGGGACGGCUUUCCUUACUGAGGAUGGAUUGUUUGAUAAGAUUCGGGCAUCAAUUCGUGCUAAAGCACCUGUGAAAGAAGAAAAGAAACCUGUGGAUAGUGCACGAGAAUCAUCUCUGCCUAAUAAAAGCCCUAAGAAAGUAGCAUUAAAGAGUUCACCAGAUUGCACUAGCAGCUCCUUGGCAUGUAGGGUAUCCCACAAACAGUCGCCAUCAGAUGCUUCCCUUGCUAGGCGCAAAGAGCAAACUACCGAGCAUUCUGCUUUGACAUGGACAGAAAAAUAUAGACCAAAGGUUCCAAAUGACAUUAUUGGUAACCAGUCACUGGUAAAGCAGCUUCAUGAUUGGUUGGCACAUUGGCAUGAGCAAUUCCGUGAUACUGGAGUUAAGAAAAAAGGCAAUAAACCAAACAAUACAGGUGCUAAAAAAGCUGUACUAUUAAGUGGAACACCCGGAAUAGGGAAAACAACGUCAGCAAAGUUGGUCAGUCAGAUGCUCGGUUUCCAGGCAAUUGAGGUAAAUGCAAGUGACAGUCGUGGGAAAGCUGAUUCCAAGAUUGUCAAGGGAAUCGGUGGAAGCAAUGCAAACUCUGUUAAAGAGCUCGUCAGCAACGAGGCCCUAAGCAUGGAUAGAUCUAAGCAUCCCAAAACUGUGCUGAUUAUGGAUGAGGUUGAUGGGAUGUCUGCUGGUGAUCGGGGUGGAGUUGCUGAUCUUAUUGCUAGCAUAAAGAGUUCUAAAAUUCCCAUUAUCUGCAUUUGUAAUGAUCGUUACAGUCAGAAACUGAAAAGUCUUGUGAACUACUGUUUGCUUCUCAGCUUCCGCAAACCCACUAAACAACAGAUGGCAAAGAGGUUGAAGCAAGUUGCAAAUGCUGAAGGACUUCAAGUGAAUGAGAUUGCUCUUGAGGAACUUGCAGAAAGAGUUAAUGGAGACAUGCGAAUGGCACUUAACCAGUUGCACUAUAUGAGUCUCUCGAUGUCUGUCAUAAAAUAUGAAGAUGUAAGGCAACGCCUACUAAGCAGUGCAAAGGAUGAGGAUAUUUCACCAUUCACAGCUGUUGACAAGCUGUUUGGUUUCAAUGCUGGAAAGUUGCGGAUGGAUGAGCGGUUUGACCUGAGCAUGAGUGAUCCAGAUCUAGUCCCUCUUCUUAUUCAGGAAAAUUAUAUUAACUACAGGCCAAGUGCGGCUGUGAAGGAUGAUAGUGGGGUUGAACGUAUGAACUUGAUUGCCCGUGCCGCUGAGUCUAUUGGAAAUGGGGAUAUUAUCAAUGUACAAAUUAGAAAAUAUCGCCAAUGGCAACUUUCCCAAAGUGGUUCUCUGUCAUCCAGCAUAAUUCCAGCUGCUUUGUUGCGUGGGCAAAGGGAGACACUUGAGCAGGGAGAAAGAAAUUUUAAUAGAUUUGGAGGUUGGCUAGGAAAGAACUCAACAUUAGGCAAAAAUCUGAGGCUCUUAGAAGAUUUGCAUUUCCAUCUUCUUGCAUCUCGUGAAUCUAGUUCAGGGAGGGAGACCCUGCGAGUUGAAUACCUUCCCCUACUUCUGAAACGAUUGUCUGUGCCGCUGCGUAAAUUGUCGAAGGAUGAAGCUGUUCAGGAAGUUGUGGAGUUCAUGAAUACUUACUCCAUUAGUCAAGAUGACUAUGAUACUAUUGUAGAGUUAUCAAAAUUUCAGGGGCAUCCAAAUCCGCUGGAUGGUGUUCAGCCAGCUGUAAAAGCAGCUCUUACAAAAGCAUACAAAGAAGGAAGCAAAUCAAGGAUGGUACGAGUUGCAGAGUUUGUCACUUUCCCUGGAAUGAAAAAGGCUCCUAAGAAGAGGAUCGCAGCUAUUUUAGAACCAUCUGACGAUGUAAUUGGAGAGAACAAUGAUGAUACUUUGGUUCUAAGUGAAGAAGAAAAUUCAUCUGAUACAGAGGACUUGGAAAGCUCUGCUGUUGGGGAGAAGCUGCAACAGGAACUUCAAAGUUUGAAUAAAAAAGGAGUGCAAGUUCAAUUGGAUUUGAAGGGUGCAACAAAUCCAAGUGCCAAGAGGACACCAGCUGGAAGAGGUAAAGGUGCUUCUUCUGGUGCCUCUGAGAAAAAAGGUGGCCGAGGUUCAGGGUCUGGUGCCAAAAGAAAGAGAUGAGGGGAGAUAAAAUAAGAGGUGACUUUUCCUCUGUGUGGUUUCCGUCACCUUAUAUAAUCUAUGUAAAUAGAAAUUUCCUCCAUACAAGAUUUUUGGUAGGUUACUUGGGAGGAUGAUAGGUUCUUCGUUACUAGUUACAUGUUCAAACGUUUCUAGGUACACGAAUAUUUUUUUUGCAGACAUGUUUCGAGAUAUUGAGUAAAUUGUGGAAACAAUGAGGAAAUGUGACAGGACUUGUCCUAGAUUUCACAUUGAAA